AUGGAAGAUCGCAUUAGUGAAUUGCCUGACGAAAUCCUGUCUCAUAUCUUGACAAUGUUAUCCAUGAAAGAUGUGUUGAAAACCAGUAUACUCUCUAGAAGGUGGUGCAAUGUUUGGUCUCUAAGGAGAGAUCUCUGCUUUGAUUUCCUCAAUGUGUUUGGAAUCGAGAAUGAACUCAAUUUAGAUAUGAGUAGGCAUGAGUUUGCAAAACGAGUGGAUCAAUUUGUCAAAAAAUUUAAGGGCAUAGAUAUCGAUUCUUUCCUCGUUAACUUUAAAUUAGAUUGUGAACAAAGCAGCACUGUUAAUCAAUGGAUACGUUUUGCAGUUGCGAGGAGAGUUGGAAAAAUCGAUCUACUCUUUCUAGGAAGCCCUUGUACACAUCGCACUACUGAGCGCGAUUAUUUUAAGUUAGACUUUGCCUUAUUUUUGGAGACUGAUGUUUCAGCUUUAAAUCAUCUGCGUCUUGAAAACUGUCUCGUUCGCAAUCCCAUCAAUUGUGACUUUACUCCAUUCAAAAAUUUGAGAUAUCUAUCACUUGAAGAUUCAAAACUGGAUGAAACUUUCGUAGAAAGUUUGUUAUCUAAUUGUCCACGGCUUGAAGAGCUUUGCCUAUUUUUCUGUGAGUUCAAAUCAUCAAUGCCGAAGAUAGUAAGUUCAUCCUUACGUCAUCUCAAGGUUCCAGGUUGCUAUUAUGAAUACAACAAUCUGUAUGGGGUGGAUGUAAACCUGAUAUUACUAGAUUGCCUUAAGCUCGUUUCAUUGGAGCUAGAUUUCGUUGAACUCGCUUCAUUGGAGGAAGGUUUGGAUACCUUGAACUUUAAUACCCCUAUGCUGAAGAGCAUAGAAUUCUCCGUUUCAUCGAAGAUGGAGCUUAAUACAUUUGUUCCUCUCUGUGCAACUUUUUUUCCUGAACUUGAGAUUAUGCAUGUCACCGCAUUUGCGAUGGAUACAUCUUCCCUAAAACUUACUCAACCACUCAAACAUCUUAAAGAGUUGAAUCUCAUCAUUUACAUAGAUGCUGAGGUGGAGUAUGAUCUUUUGUGGAUUUUAAACAUCCUUCAAGUUUGUCCUCUUUUGCAGAAACUUUCAAUCAUGUUUCGACAUCCAAAUUUGUCUAAAAAACAAAAAGAUAUUAGGGAUGUUGAAGUAUUCUUUCAUGGCGAAGUAAAAGUUAUUGAAUUGCGAGGUUGUGUUGGCAAUUGGUAUGAAACUGAGUUUGUUAUGAAUGUUCUAAAAUAUGCCCACAAACUUGAGCAAAUAGUUGUGAGUCCAUAUUGGAAAGGUGUUGACUCAUUGGAUUGGGAGUCCAAUCCAGAGUGGUUUGAAAGUGGGCGUGAAAGGAUGAUUGAAAAGCUCCGAUGUGAAGAAGUCGAAAAAGAAAAACUUGUGUUCUUAUAA